GUGUCCGUGACUGACUAAGUGUGUCUGCGAGCUGUGCUGGGGAAAAACGAACCCACCCAGGAAAAGGAAGAGAAGUGACCAAGAGAUGGAAAUAACUGUGAUCCACUCCAGUUGCAGUUGCAGCAGCACUCUCCAAUUUUACUUUUGUCCCCAAACCCUCCAUUUCUAUCGAGGAGGAGCUCCGAAAUCUGCAGCGACUUUUCUAUCCUUCCAAAGUGAUGACCAUUUCCGCCGAUUUCGGAAAACCUCGCUAUCGACCAAAGCGCUCAUUAGUGGUAACUAUCAACUCCGAAGAUUUCCGAGCACGAGUUGCUCUCUCAGUGAUAAUCAAAUUCCUGCCACAGCAGAUAUUGAGGUUGACCAAUCUCUCACACUGAAGAAAAAAGUUACUGAGAUAUCCCCUGAACUGAAAGGAUCCUCAAUAUUUCUUGUUGGUAUGAACAGUACCAUGAAAAACAAUGUGGGGAAAUUUCUAGCGGAUGCAUUAAGAUAUUCCUAUUUUGACAGUGAUAGUUUGGUUGGGCAAGUUGCAGGUGGUGAAAAUGCCACUAAUUCUCUUAAAGCGAGAGAUGCGGAGGGAUUCUGUGAGUCUGAGACUGAAGUUCUGAAGCAGUUAUCAUCCAUGGGUCGCUUGGUUGUUUGUGUAGGAGAUGGUGCAGUUCACAGUUCAGUUAAUCUGGCUCUUCUAAGGCACGGAAUAUCAAUAUGGAUUGAUGUUCCUCUUGAUAUAAUUGCAAGAGAGGCCACGGCUGAAAUUGCAUCUACGACUUCAGAUUCUUCUGAGGUGUUGGCAAUGCUCACUAAACUCUACGAGGAGUGGAGAAAUGGAUAUGCCACAGCAGAUGCAACAAUUUCGCCUCAAAAGGUAGCUUGCCAAUUACGUUAUGACAAUAUGGAUGCAGUGACUACAGAAGACAUGAUCAUUGAGACGCUAAAUGAGAUAGAGAAGCUGAUGAGAGCGAAGAAGAUGAUGGAAGCCGCAGCAAGACGAUUCUAGCCAGAACACAGCUUUUCCAGAGCCAUGUUUUCAUCUCCACCUACAACUUCCAAAGUUGACCUUACCAAGGUUUCCGGGAAGCCCAUCUCCACCAAUUUCUGUACCUGUAACCAAGAAUAACAACCUUUUCAAACUAUUGGAAUCCUGUAUUCUUGUUUGGGCAAGUUGAUAGAAAAUUAUAAAGCAAAUUGGCCAGAUUGACAAGAAAA